ACCUCUUCGAGUACCGUACGUAGCUUCACAGCUGGGCAGUGGAGGUUCAUCGGUGGCGUAGUGAGGUGGAGACACAAUGUUUAAAUUUACAGUAUCCGUUCAUAGAUAACUACCAGCUGAUAUUUACGCACCGUCCGAGUCUGGAAGUAAAUGUGAGAGGCAGCCGUCUUCUAGAAGGCUCUUUAGCGUCCGCCUUUCUUCCUCUCCCCGGGGAGCGGCAGUGAGGGAGCCUCCGCCGGAGUGUGAGGUCACCAGCCCCGACUCGACUGGACAUGGCAGAGAGCGGCUCCGCGGCUGAAUUGUCCGGCUCCCUGACGAGCUCGGCUCUUCCGCCACCCAGGACCCGGAUCUUCAAAAUCAUCGUCAUCGGGGACUCUGGCGUCGGGAAGACCUGUCUCACCUUCCGCUUCUGUGCGGGCAGGUUCCCCGAGAAGACCGAGGCCACGAUCGGGGUGGACUUCAGGGAGAGGCUGGUGGAGAUUGACGGAGAGAAAAUCAAGAUCCAGCUGUGGGACACCGCCGGCCAGGAGCGCUUCAGGAAGUCCAUGGUGCAGCACUACUACCGCAACGUCCACGCCGUGGUGUUCGUCUACGACGUGACCAACGCCACCAGCUUCCGCAGCCUCCCCGCCUGGAUCGAGGAGUGCAAGCAGCACGCCCUGGGAACCGAGGUGCCCAGGAUCCUGGUGGGGAACAAGUGCGACCUGCAGGACUCCGUCCAGGUGGGCACGGAUGUAGCGCAGCAGUUUGCGGACACUCAUUCCAUGCCACUGUUUGAGACGUCCGCCAAGAGCCCCAACAGCCUGGGAGACGGGAGCUACCGCGACAGCGACCACGUCGAAGCCAUCUUUAUGACUGUGGCCCACAAGCUCAAGUCCCAGAAACCUCUAGUGCUGAGCCAGCCGGCCGAGGGAUCGGGAGGCACCGUCACCCUGAGCGGAGGGAGGAAUGACAGCGGCGACGGGGGCGGAGGCAGAGGGUGGAGCUGCAGCAGCUGCUGAGGACUCAAACUCCACUGGCUGUCCACACCUGGAGCAAGGAGAGGAACUACAGAGCACUGAUGAUACUGAUACAGCGUGUUAGAGCCAUGGUAGAUAGAAAAAGAAAGGCAGAGUACAUAGAAAAACUCAAACAUUUUGAGAUUAAUCUCAGAAAUUUUCUAGAAAAAAAAUAAGGAAUUUUUUUGAGUUUGAAAAGUUGAAAUUCACUAGAAAAAAAAUCUAUAUGUUGAGAUUUUCUAGAAGAAACACAGAAUCUCCUCAGUUUGAAAAGUUGAAAGUUUGCUACAAAAAACUGGGAAAUUUUGAAAUUAAAAGUUGCAAAUUUUCGACUCAUAAAAUUGAGAAAUAUCUGUGGUUUUGUUCUAGAAAAUAAUUAGUUUAUUUGUGGAAAUGCACUCUUGUUUUCCUCUGUCUGGCCCUGGUACGCCGUCGUAGAGGAACCAUACUGUUUGUUUACAUGAUUUCUUUUAUGCCAUUACUUCAUGCAGCUGUUUUCUGGUCAGAUGCUCAUGUUGUCCAGAUAUGAUCCAUUUCAUUGCCAAAUAUCCUGUCCAACCCAUUAGUAUAGUGGUUCAUAAACCUGCUUCAUGCACUCCUGCCCUGCAUGUCUUAGAUGCAUUCAUGACCUCUGCAGACACUCACUGCUGCAGGAGCCUGUUAGUCACUCAUUCUUUUAAUUCAGCUGUUUGGAAACAAGCAGACACCUAAAGCAUGCAGGGCCGGAGUAGAGGAGGAACUCAUUUUCCCAUAAAAACUCUCACAUUUUAGCAGUAAAUUCCAAUCAAAAGUGCUUUGUUUGGAUGCCAGAGACCAGAAGUGAUUGUAACAGAACCAUCUUCACCUUAGUGAGCAGAGAAGAGGCUGAGGAGGAGGUGGACCGGUCCAGGCAUCCACUCUGGUUGGCAGCAUGGUUUGUUGCCUUCAGGGCUCACCUCUGUUCUUUAGAUUUUCCAGUUAUGUCAGGGCAUCUGAGUGAAACGUGAGUGAAAUGGAAGACACUGAGCACAGAAGCUGAUCAUCUUUAUAUACUUUGGUAUUCAAGGUGAUUGUUUAAUCAAAGGAAUUCUCAACUGGACAUUUUUGCAUUGAUUUUUACCGUUCAUUAGAAACCAGCUGGGAUUGAUGGUAGAUUAAAAAAAACAGAGAUUAGCUGGAGCCUGGACUCCAGCGACGUGAAUUCCUGAAUUGAUUCUGAGCUGCUCCAUAGUUGGCAUGAUGGAUCAGUAUGAGGAUGAUAAGAAAUGAAGAGUCAGCCGUUUCAGUUUGGGGUACAGCUAUGGCAGUUUCAUGGCUGAUCACUGAUCUGGAAAAAGCCCGAAUUUGAUUCUGAUUUUGGCAGAUUUUUUUUUGUCACCGACUUUGUUGCCAUAUUUAGCCUUGGUGUCAUCACAACUGUUUAGUUAUUAAUAGUAAGAAUGCACAAAUAUCCAAAUCUAGGAGGAUAUUGAUCAUUUAUCAAACCAAUAACAUCCCAAUGUUGAAACAUGGCUGGUAUCAGCCAAUAUAUUGUGCAUCCCUACUUAAUAAGAGUGAUGAGUUGUGGUCCUUUAGGUUUCACACCAUGACUGUUAGUUUGUUGCUACUUGAAAUAUUUCCAAAUAGCCAAAUUAGUCUUUCUUGGAACAGCAAUGAAAACUUUGAAACUGUAAUUUUUUACUCUAUGGUGUGCUGUUACUGGGAACUGGCCCACUGACACUGGGAUGUCAGUGCUAGUGGAAUGUGAGUGAAAUGUUCACACCUGCUCUUGUAAUGUCUCUGAACAAAAUGAUAAACGGGAAGGAAUGCAGUGCAGCAUUAGCUGAUGACAUAAAGGGAUAAUUCAGAUUUUCAUUCUUAUUCACUUCUAUAAGAGAAUGAAACAUUUUCAUUACCUGCAUCACCUACAUCAUCUUCAGAGUUGCUGUGGAUGCUAAUGCCAGCUCCAUCAAUCAUUCUCAUGAUGGUAAUGACUUGCUAACAGCUCAAUACAAUUUAUUAUUUAAUGCGUUAUGUCCUGGAUGACACCAACAACUGUCAGAAAGCAAUGCUAAUCGUUCUCCUUUGAUUUGGCUCUUCUUACCUAAAUGUCUGUAUAUUGCAGGUAGGACUUUACUCUGUGACACAUCUCAAAUAUGAGCUAUCCCUUUAAUUCACCAGCCAAGCAAAACCUGGAUUGAAUGGGAUAAUGAAGCUUUUCCUUAUUUUCAGUGAUUUCAUCAUAGAUCUGGAGCCUUUUGCCACUUAAUGCAUUCAGUGAUACAGAAUCAGACACUUUGUGCAGGCUUGCGCUCCAUUGUGUACCUCAGGCGUCUUAACGUGUAGAAGAGUGUUUUUCAGAAUAUGAAAUGAGCUUGUAUAUUCAUACAGUAACAGCACCGACCUGCAUCUUGUUUUAAGCUGCUGUGUGACCACAGCUGGUCCUGUGGUUCUGCUGAUGAUCGCCUCACGCUUCACUGUCACCGUCUCUCAGGACUUUCUGUUCACAUGAAGAAUCUAAUCAAGCCUUUCUGUGGCCUGUCAGCACAAGCCAGGCUGAGUGGUUUCCUCUGAAUCUGAUCCAUUUGCAUCAUGUUUCAUCCUGGCUCCUUCAGGAAAUGCUGCUGCUGCUCUGGAUGUCCUGGAACAAAGUUAAACAGGAACGCGCUUCCUUUCACCAUACAUCACCUUGCAAUAAAUGUUUGACACAUGUGUCAUCUUAAGCUGUCAAUUGUUCAAAAACAAAUAAACACUACUGUUCAAAUGUA